CGCGACCUGGGCGAGGCCCCCGCCUCGGCCGCCUUCCGGGCGCGCAGCACGGCCGCCCUGCUGGAGAAGCUCCACGCCCUGGGGCUGGUGGGCUCCAAGCGCUCCCUCGAGCAGUGCGAGCGCGUCUCGGCCUCCGCCUUCUGCCGCCGCCGCCUCCCCUCGCUGCUCCUCAAGCUCCGCAUGGCCCCGCACAUGAAGGCCGCCGUCACCUUCGUCGAGCAGGGCCACGUGCGCGUCGGCCCCGAGGUGGUCACCGACCCGGCCUUCCUGGUCACCCGCGCCAUGGAGGACUUCGUCACCUGGACCGACGCCUCCCGCAUCCGCCGGCACGUCCUCGACUACAACCAGGAGCGCGACGACUUCGACCUGGCCUGCUGAUCCACUCCCCGGUCGGUGCCGGUGGAGAUCUUGGCUUGCGCCCCUCUUCGAGCAUCCUGCUAGCCGGGCUUGCCCUGGUUCCGUGGAGUGGGAACGGCGCGUCUCUGCUUGAUGCAGCCACACGCCCUGCCCCUGGCAUCGCACUGCGCUUUCCGAGGCCAAAGGAGAACGUGGAGAUCCUAACGCAAGCCGGGCCCUCCUGUACCUUGUGGCCAUUUUCCCCCUUCCUCUUUACUUGCAAAACGAAGGCGUUAAAGACUGGUGUUGUGUGUAUUUCAAAUACUCCGGCUCCACUCGUUCCUAAUGCCCACCAGAGGGAGGCAGUGAACGAAGGUUAAAGAAAAGUGCUUCGAAAUGGCAGGUUGCCGAGAUGUUUCUGUGGUCUUCUCCUUCGAGG